AUGCUCUUCACGCCCAACUCGUUGGCCGAGGUUGACGAAGGCUUUGAUGAUUUUGGCGGUUGUGGUGACGAUUUCACCUUGUUCCCCGUCAACGGGCUUGACAAGGACGCACAGUUCCAGACUCUCUUCGGCAGCGAGAUGCCCAGCAGCGGCCUCGGCUUGUCUCAGGGCGCCUCCCAGGACUUCUUUGGGAACGGCAUGGACUGGUCCAGCAUGGACUACCACACCUACUCCCAGCAGCCCCAGCACCAGCAGUAG